AUGCGUUUUCCUUACACUGAUAUUCAUAAAGUAAUCACCGAUGUGCUUAACCAACACAAUAGACCGAUAUAUCAGUUUUCUUUGCGCAUAUUUGAAGCGUUGGAUUUCGGUAUCAACAAGGAGAAUCUCAAAAUAUGGAUUCCCCUCAUGUCAAGGAACAUAAAAUACCUUGGGAUUUUGUCUCAGUCUAAGGAUAAAGAUGAAUUACCCCAUAUUGUCUUCUCUUGUAAAGAGUUAACAUACUUCAAGUUUAGUUCUUUUAAUCUCUCAAUUCCACAUCAUUUCCAAGGCUUUAAAAAACUUAUAGAACUUCACUUAGAUUCUAUUGAAGUUGAGUCGAGAGCACUAGAGAGUUUUAUGUCGGCUUGUCCGUUUCUAGAAAAGCUCAUCGUUGAUGGAUGUAGUAGCAGCGAUGAUCUUGUUAUAUCUUCUACUUUCCUCAAAGUAUUUGUUCUGAAACUGAUCCAAACAAAGACAAUUUGUCUUAAAAAGCAAAUAAUCUGA